CGCCGCCAACUUUGAAAAAUCAAGCGAUAGUUCACGGAAGACUUUAACAAAACCGCAUUUUGUUGUUUGCGACCAAACACACCAGCCAGCCAACGACGAACGACGAACGACGUCUGUGCACGACAACAACCAAACACACCACCAACAACAAAAGGAUGGCUGACAAGGGAGGCAAGGACGCCGCAAUGGCAUCAGGCGGCGAUGGCGACGGCGUGCAGGAUCUCACAGCUGUUGUUCAGACCCUCCUGAACCAGAUGCAAGAGAAGUUCCAGAACAUGAGCGACCAGAUUGUUGGCCGCAUCGACGAGAUGGGUUCCCGCAUUGACGAGCUUGAGAAGAACCUCGGCGACUUGCUUGCACAGGCUGGCGUGGACGAGAAGUGAGUGCAGCUCUACCAAUCAUCCAGAAAGCAACCCACUUUAGAACCCAAUCAAAGGACCAAACCAAAACCAACUCCACACCCUGACCGCGUGCUGCAUGCGUUACGUUUGCUGACACGCCCCACCUCUCCUCUGACCGUAGCACGCUGUUCUUGAAUGUUUGACUGUGCGUAUCCCUUGUCACGUAAGGAGGGGAAGAAGGAAGGUUGGAUGUCUGUCUCGUUCGUGGUCGUUGAAGGUGUGCCUUCUUUUGUCGUGGUGCUGUCCAUCAUGUGUGUAUGUGUUUCUGCCCGCGUGUAGCGGUGGCACGUGUAGUGUCUCGUUCGGCAGUCGGCACAGCGCAGUGUUUCCAAAUACAUGCAACCAUCAACUUGUG